GGGUCUUGGAUCGGUAGAUGGCAAGUACUACCCAUCAGCCAAGACCGCACGGCUGAGAGUGUUGUGUGGGGGUAAACCAAAGUCGAAAGGCUGAGAAUGGGCGGAGAUCACAGCAGGUGGAGAAAGUGGGUGGGUUGUGUGUAGAGUCAGCACUCCUCAGAUCUCUGGACAGUGAAAUCUUGCUUUCUUUUAGGGCUAUGCUCGAUCAAUCUCCUAAUCCCUGCGUGAUGAAUUCGGAAGAACAGAAUUUCGAGGCGUCUUCCUCAUCGACCCCUCCGCAUGGAGGAGAUAAUGAAGGCGGAGAUGAACAGAAGAGAGGGAUUGACUACGAAGUGUUUUUGAGUUUUAGAGGGACAGACACUCGUACAGGCUUUACUGAUCAUCUCUAUACAAACCUUAUAGAAGCAGGAAUUCACGUGUUCAGAGACGAUGAUGAGCUCCGAGUUGGUGACGAGAUUGGUCCAGAGCUUAUCUCUAGUAUUACGCAAUCUAAGAUCUCGAUUCCAAUUAUCUCGGAAAACUACGCUUCGAGCAAAUGGUGCCUCCGUGAGCUAGCUCAAAUAUUGAAGUGCAAGAGAGGCAGAGGGCAAAUAGUGUUGCCCAUAUUUUACAAAGUGGAACCUUCACAAGUGCGACAUCUUACGGGGGGAUUGAGAGAUGCUAUCAAUGCACAUAAAAAGAAUUUAGACAAAAUGAUUGUGAAGGAAUGGGAAGAAGCACUCAGAGAAGUUAGUUCCUUGAAAGGAUGGGAAUCAGAGAAAAUUGAUAACGGGCAUGAAGCAAUAUUAGUUAAAAUGGUUGUUGGAAGAGUUAUGAGUGAGUUAAAAAGACUUUUUCAACUAAAUGUUCCCGAACAGUUGGUGGGAAUUGACGAUCAUGUAGAACAGAUUAUGAGCAAGAUGGACUCUAAAUUCAAUGGUACAUGGAUUAUCGGAAUCUAUGGAAUGGGCGGCAUCGGUAAGACAACUCUUGCAAAAGUAUUAUACAACAAACUCUCUAGUCAGUUUGAGGGUCGUAGCUUUGUGGCAAAUAUUCGAGAAACAUCUCAGCGUGAGGGUAUUAAAUUCCUACAAAUGCAACUCAUUUCUUCUAUAACAAGGAAACCGUGUGACGUGUCUAAUGUUGAUGAGGGAAUCGGUAUCAUUAAAUCCCAAUUUACAAGUAAGAAAUGCCUCAUUCUUCUUGAUGAUAUGGAUGAUAAUACUCAAUUGAAAGCUUUGGCUAGAGACGGCAGUUGGUUUAAAGCUGGAAGUAUAGUCAUCAUAACAACUAGAAACAAGAGUAUUCUUGACGAGGCUAGGGCAAGCUACAUGUACCAACUCAACGAAUUGCCUUUGGAUCAAUCAUUGAUCUUAUUUAGUCGACAUGCAUUUGGAGAGGAUUCUCCUCCGAGUGAUUAUGAGGUUUUAUCUCAUGAUGUCGUAUCUACUACUGGAGGUCUUCCCUUAGCUCUUGAAAUUAUAGGUUCAUCCUUAUGUGGAAAGGCAAUAGAAGCAUGGAAAGAUGCAUCAAAGAAAUUGAAGAACGUGCUUGAUAAGAAAGUGCAAGAGUCAUUGAGGAUUAGCUACGAUGCAUUAGAUGAAGAGGUCCAACAAAUAUUUUUGGAUAUUGCAUGUUUUUUUAAUGGAUCAUCUAAACAAAUUCCGACUUAUAUGUGGGAUGCCUGUAACUUUUUCCCGGGGAAGGGGAUAGAAGCAUUAAGUCUUAUGUCCCUAAUCAAAAUUGACAAGGACGGCAAAAUAAUGAUGCAUGAUCAACUAAGAGAUCUCGGAAGAGAAAUUGUUCGUCUGGAAAAUCAAGAGAAGCCUCAAAAGCGUAGCAGAUUAUGGAAUAAGGAGGAAGCCGAAGAUGUGCUUGACAACAACAAGGGCACUUGCAAGAUUGAGGCCCUCCAAAUUGGCAAUGGCUGGGGAAAAAGCUACACAUGUGAACAAUUUAAAGAACUGGCCAAUUUGAGAUUCCUUCAAAUGGAGUUUGGGGGUCUCACUGGAGAUUUCCAAAACCUACUUCCUAAUUUAAGAUGGCUUCAGUGGCAAACUCCUUGGAAUUUCGCAGCAGCUAAUUUUCAACCAAAGAAAUUAGUGGUGCUCGAUUUGUCUGGGAGUGGGAUUUCGGAUGACUGGAGAGGAUGGGGUCCACUCAAGAUGGCAGCCAAGCUCAAAGUUCUCAACCUUUCAAAAUGUCAUUACUUAAGAAGAACUCCUGACGUUUCUGCUUUCAAAAGCUUGGAGAUUUUGAAUCUGGAAGAUUGUGGGAAUCUAGAAGAGAUCCAUCCUUCUCUCGAAGACAUCGGGACCCUCCUCUCUUUGAACGUCAGGAGAUGUCGUAGACUGAAGGAGAUACCGGCAGGAGUUGGUAGAAUGGAAGAAUUGAGGGAGCUUUUCUUAGAUGGUACUGCUAUACAAGAGAUUCAUAUUUCAAGAGGUUGUUUGAUGAAGCUGGAGACUCUAAGUGCCUCAUGGUGUAAACGACUUGCUCAACUUCCAGAACUGAUGGGCCCCAUUGUAUCGCUAACUCAGCUGAACUUAUCUAUUUCAGGGAUUAAAAAAUUACCAGAAUCCAUGGGUUCUCUUAUAUCGUUAACUCUACUGGAUCUAUCUCAGACAAGGAUUAAAAGGUUACCUAAAUCUAUUGGUUCUUUGAAGGAGCUCGUGACUCUUGAUCUCUCUGAUUGUGCAUCGCUAGUUCGCCUACCUAGCUCCACAGGCCAUCUAGCAUAUCUACAGUGCUUGUUGCUACGAGGAUGCCUCUCGUUGACAGAAAUUCCCGAUUCAAUCGGAAAGUUGGCAUCAUUAACUAAGUUGAAUUUAAGAUGGACAUCAAUUACGGAAUUACCAGAAAGCAUUGGGAAUUUGCAGAAUCUGAGGAUCUUGGACAUUCGUGACACUCGCAUAACGAAAUUGCCUGGUGCCAUCGGAAUGAGAGAAGGCUUGUUGGCUUGAGCUAGUGUUGUUCCUGCAGUUGAACGAUCCACAAUGACAAUGGAGACAACGCCUCCAGCAUCUUAACAGAAUCGCCUAGUGCAGUCGCAAUGUUGGCUCAUUUUGUGUUAUAAUUUCAGGCCUAGUUCACCCUAAGAUCGCCGUGCUUUCUCUUCUUUGUCAGGUGUGUUUUUUCACUGCAAACUUAGGUGGAAAACGAAUGUUGCGAACGCUAUAUAUGGACCGUGUCGUGAGGCACUAACUCUGUCACUUCGACUGAGUAUAAUAUUUUCCAAGUGGUUCGCGAGUGAGAUUGAGAUUGAGAUUGAA